ACCUCCUGGACACACAGCUGUGGUUCUGCAGCUGGUCCGACCGGUUCUCUGACGGUUUGAAGCUAUGAGGAUGUAGAUCUGCUCUGAGGCCAGAUCCACUCCAACAUCAGCACAAAGAGGAGCUCAGCAGGUGAAGCUGGACUUUAAAUCCACAUGCGGUGUGAUCAUCAUGGAGAACAGAGACCAAAGAGUUCCUCGUCCUGGAACUGGUCUGGACCACCAGAACCAGACGAAGAGAGCUGAGGAGCAGCACAGACCAGACUCUGCUGGACCAGAACCAGAAUCCAAGUGUUUGGUCGCACAGAGGUCCAUGGAUAUAAAACUUCCUGAUUUAAGCGAAACAAAGCCAGACCAGCAGCACGGACCAGACUCUGCUGGAUCAGAUUCUGAUGGACCAGAACCAAAAUCUGAACCUAGAUCCAAGAGUUUGAUCACACGAACCAAUUCCAAUCACAACCCACUCAGUAACUGUAAAGAAACAGAACUGGAGCAGCACCGACCAGACUCUGACCCGAAACCCAAGACUUUAAUCAAACGUACCAGGUCCAUGGAUAUAAAACCUCCUGAUUUUAGAGAAACGGAACCAGAACCACAGCAGAAAAUGGGCUCUGCUGGACUCAGUCCUGGAUCUGGACCUGGAUCUUUGGUCCAAAACAAAACAUCAACAGACCUUGAAGACCUGAAGGAAAUUAAGUUAAAUCUGUACCACCUACCCUGGGCCGGCCCACUCCGCAUCCCGAGGCCUGGUGACCUCAUCCUCGUGGAAAAACUUCAAAAGGACGUCCUGGAGAUCGAGCUCGGACCCUUCCUAGAGAGGGUCCUCCUGCACCCAUUUGAGCAGCAGCCGGAAUGGAGCUACUCCUCCCUCUGAGCACGAGGUUACAGCUCAACUUCGGCUCUUGUUGUGCGUGAUCGGCUGAUCACGCACCUUGUUUUUUUUUUUUUUUUUUUAAAAACAGAACAAUUUACACCUAAGAUGGAAAUGGCUGGGUGAACUGAGAUUUUUUCUAGACUGUUUUGCAUCAUUCCCCCAUUUCACCUCUGGGCACGUUCCACCAGGACUAAUUAGGCGGAGUGCCCCCCACCCGUCAGUUUUGAAAGCUCAUUUCCACUUGGAUUGAUAACUGUACACAUGGACCUGAUAUUUCAAUGACUGAGUCUGACUAUGACUGUUGUGCACAUUUCAGGUGGACUGUUUUAUUGCAGAUGUUAUUAUUUGGCUGUUUAAUGUUUUUCAGUCUCUAGGUGCUAGGUUUUCCUCGGGGGGCUGAUUACCAUCCUCCUGGACUUUUGCUAAGUAUACAGUUCUCCCUCCUUCAGGCAGGACUGGAUGCUUUCAGGUCCCGUAGCAGGUCUGGAAAGACUCUCUGUCUCAGUGAUGCUUCAGAUACUGAGAUAUUUUAAAUGUUUUGUUUUUCUGCUUUAUUUUUAUGGUUUCAUUUUGUUUAAUUUUAUUAUUUCCUAGAGUUUUGUCCUUGUGUACAGCUUCCUGGUAAAGAGGAUGCUAGACCCCUCUCAGAGGUCUUUCCAACGACAGUAAUUUUUGUUUAUUUGUUCUUUUAUAGUUCUGUGGUAAAUACGAGGAGGGAAUAUUCUGUUUAUUCCGAGCUCAGAACGCCACAAAGACAUAGGUCAGGUAAAGGUUUCCUGUUUCCUGUUUGGAUUGAUGGUCAGGUCCAGGAAGCUGAGUAAAGAUGUCUCACCACGUCUGUCCCUGACAGACGGACAGUCUUACCGGUAGUUUAGAAUUAGGUUACAAGUUCAAAGAGGAGGGGAGAGCUAUUGUUUGGAUUUACUUUUUCUUAUUUUGUAUUUAUUUUAUUCUGUUUUUCCUUUUCGGUUUCCCUUUUCAGUGCAAAAGCCAGUUUUAUUGCCAUUAUUAACAAGGUGUUGAGUUCUUGUCUCAUGAACUCUGUGAUUUCUCAUUAAAAUGAUUUUGAAUUUUCUUCAAGUGGAUUGUUGGAAUAAAGUUUUCCUAAAUGGGGA